AUGCUCCCCGGGGCAUGGCCAUUGAUAGGCCAUAUAAGGGCAUGGCCAUUGAUAGGCAAUUUAAGGCCUUUUGACAACGGAGAGCCGGACCAUGUUACGUUCGGGACUAUGGCCGACAUUUACGGACCGACUUUCAUGACCAAGUUUGGCUCAUUUAACGCCCUGGUCAUAAACAGCCACGAGGUAGCCAAAGAGAUCUUUACUCUCCACGACAAGGUCUUAACCCGGCCAAUCCCCACCGCGUCUAAGAUUAUGGGCUACAACAACUCGUUCAUGUCGUUUAGCCCUGACCGUUCUUACUGGAGAGAGAUGCAUAAGAUAGCAGUCUCGGAGUUUUUUUCGACCUUGGUCGUUGAUAAGCUCAAGUAUACUAGAGCCCGAGAGGUUGACGUGUCGUUCCGAGAGUUAUACAGGAAGUGGGAGCAAAAGGGCGGGCCUAACAAAGGAGUCUUGGUGGAUAUGAGUCAGGAGGUUCAUGAUCUAACCCAGAACAUCUCGCUGAUGAUGAUCGCGGGGAAGAGAUACUUCGGAGGAAGACCUAACUGCGAAAUCAAAGAGGCGAGGAGAUGUAGCAAGCUGAUACGAGACUUUAUCGAUUACUUUGGGGUCUACUUGUUUACGGAUUUUAUACCACAUCUGGGUUGGUUGGACUGGAGAAUCAAGUGGGGCAUGAAGAGAACGGGUAAUGAGUUAGAUAAAAUUGUUGAAGGUUGGGUUGAAGAACAGAAGAAGAAGAGAAAUGAUUCUGGUGUAGGCAUUGAAAAAACCUUCUUGGAAAUACUUAUCGAGAUCUUUGAACAACGCAAGAAUCCGGGUCUUGUUGAUGCUCAUACAACAACCAAGGCCCUUUGCCUCAACUUGGUAUUGUCAGGGUCAGAGACGGACAUUGCGGUUUUAAUUUGGGGUGUCUCGCUUCUCGUGAACAACCCACACGUAUUGAGGAAAGCUCAGGAGGAGCUCAACCAUACAAUUGGCAAGGACAGAGUUGUGGAAGAAUCGGACCUCAAAGAUUUGGUUUACCUCCAAGCAAUUGUCAAGGAAGUACUCCGUUUGUACCCUCCGGUCCCUCUCACUGCUUAUAGGAAUGUGAUGGAAGAUUUCGAAAUCGCCAAUGGAAACUUUCAUGUUCCUGCAGGGACACAAUUGUUGGUAAAUUCGUGGAAGAUUCAUAGAGAUCCGAAUCUUUGGUCCAACCCACAAAACUUCGAGCCGGAGAGGUUCUUGACGUCAAAUAGAGAAGCGGAUGUUGGUGGGCGGAGUUACAAAUUUUUUCCAUUCGGAUUGGGACGACAGAUAUGUCCUGCGAUCCCCCUUGGUAUGAGGACGGUGCAAUAUGUCCUAGCCAGGUUCUUUCACAGCUUCGACGUGGCAAGACCAUCGAACCUAGAUGUGGACAUGACCGAAAACAGUGGGAUGGUCAAUCUUAAAGCUACUCCUCUUGAAGUCAUCAUCACUCCUAGGCUUCAUAAAUCUCUCUACCAUGUGGAUCGCAGUGUUUGA